UUCUCUGCCGGGAUGAUGACGAGUGACUCGGAUACAGGAAGUGUGGGCCCGCUGCAGCACUCAUGGCUUGCGGAUGCAGUCAAGGUCGGCAUGGUGUGUGCGCGACUGUUUCGGGACGGCGCGAGCGAGCAGAGGCGGGUCUUUCGACUUGUGUUGGGGAUGAUGGCACAAUUGGUGACAAAGCAGGCGAGAGAGGAGGGACUGGGCGAAGAGUUCGGCCCGACGACAGAGGACGACAGGGACGUCAUCUGGAAGAUGUGGAAGGCCGCAAGAGGUGAAGGAAGAACCGCAUCUAUUGUGUCCAUCAUCCAUGUGUGGAAAUGAUGAUGGUCUUGUAUGCUGUCCACCAUCAGGUGCUGUGCUUCACCUUUUGCCACCCAUCCGGCCCUCCAUCGUGUGGCCCAUCCUCCCCGCCAUCCGUCUCCGUCUCGCGAGAGCAUUGCGCAUCAUCAGGCACCUCAUCUAUGCCCGCCUUCUCUCGUCCUUCCUCUCACUCAAAGCCGUCUGGCGGCAAUCAUCGAUGCGUGGUCGGGCAUCGCAGGCGUCAGAUGCGGUCAGGCGUCGCAUACUGGGAUGCCAGAUCACCGAGGCGAGCGCACAGUGGAAGGGAGGGGUCGUCGGCGGCCUGAUUGAGCUGGACCGUGCGGUCAAGAGGGUGCUGUUGAGGCGGAAGGGCAUGGCCAUGCGUGUGUGGCGGAGGGAGGCUGGGCGGGGCGACAGGGAGGGAUGGGCCAUGAUGCGAAAGGGACUGAUGAACUGGACGGGAGAAAAAGGCGGAGACGCCGAGAAGAAGGUCGGUCAGACAAUGGCGCAGACAAGUGGACUGGGUGUUUGGUUCGUCAGUCAAUCUCCGCGUGUGUUUGCACAGUGGCUGGGUCUGAUGCUGCCUGAGAGACAGUUGGUUGUCAUCCUCCUCGAUGCACUGUGGCGAAACAGUGAGCGUAUAUGCAUAUCAUAUGGCCUUCGAUCACUCAUUCCCUCAUCUGUUGUGUGCAGAUGGCUCCACGCUUCUCUCCAGGCUGCUCAUCGACACAAAUGUCUCAUCCCUGGCUUACCAGCUCGCCAACCAAUAUGCUCACACUGACCCAUCCGCCCUCCCGCCGCGCCUUGCAUCCAUCGCACAACCCAUCACCGCCAUGUCGACACUCACCAGCCUGACGGCCUUCUUGCCCUUCCCUUUCGAGUCGCAUGAUGUCGGCGGCGACGACGUCUUCGUCCGUGUGACCCCUGAGGCGAUGCGACUGUGGGGCCGGGUGAGGGAGUGGCAUGGGCGGGGCGGGACGCCCAGCGACCUCGGCAAGAGGAAGAGGGCGAUGGCAUACGAUGAGGCGAGAGAGGCCAAGUCACUUCGGGCGGGCAUCGCGACGCUUGCAGGUGGGUGGGGGAGAAGGGGGAGAGAGACAUUGAGGAGAGACAUGCGUUUGGUGUGCAGGCCUGGAGCCGAGAGCCAAGAAACAGGAGAAGAGACCUGUCGAGCUUUCGCAGUCCGUGACAUCGCUCUCUGACGUGAGCCCUUCGUUGUGCCUGCAUUCAGCAUUUCUUCUGUUGAUCAAUGUUGUUUGCGUCAGAAAGAGAUGGAUCGGAUGGUCGACGAGCUGCUGGGGAUAUUCCGCCUUAUGAGACACCAGCGCAAACACGGCACCAAUCUCCUUGUCGACCGCGACCAGCUGAGCAAGCUGGUGUCCCACCCUGGCGAAAAAUCGGGUUCAAAACUCUCGCCGCGGACCCUAAUCUCUUCCCUCGAAAGCCUGAAUGUGCUCCCGCCAGGCUCAAACUGGCUCGACUUUGAGCGUCUCGCGGCAUCUCUGCUUCAGAAAGACAUCGAUGCCUCCGCAGCCCCUCUUCCAUCUGUCGCGCCACCGUCACCAACAGCACCUCUCGACCAGCCGCCACCCCUCUCGGAUACCUCGCCACCUCCGCCACCGUCCAACACCUUCCUGGACGUGCCCCCUCUCCGUGUUUGCGUCUGUGCCGCAUAUGGCCUGCCGCUGUUUGACGAGCCGCGAGACGCGAGCCGGCUGUACAGUGUGGAAGUAUGCUUGCUGGGCGACGGCAGGGAGGAGAGGGGAGGUGGUUCGACGAUGUUGAGGACCCGGCCGAGCACACUGGAGGGGCGGGGGCGGCCGAUGGGUGGGCGGGUCAUGUGGGACCAUACGAUCGAGUUCUCGAUGAGAGACCUGACGGUGAGCGACGAGAAAACGAUACAAAUAUAUCGGUGCGUGAAUGAUUCUGGUUUGCUGUGUGCAGGUCUCUGCUUUCCGCAACCUGCGGCUCCGCUUCACUCUUGACGUGGUCAGCAAGGAAAUAAUGUGUGUGUCUCCAAUUGCCGGACUUAUUCCUUGUCAAUUGCCUUCUACCCGUCAGCUUGUCUCACACAAGGAAUGGCGCACCCUGGGCACCAAGGAGGUCCCUCUCCGCCACCUCGCCAAGCUGCAACUCGAAAAGCCGCAACCACAGCCACAGUCCUCCACUUCAGCUGGCCGCCCGCAGCGCUUCAUUGUCAGAGGGGCGUGGGAAGACAGAGCACCCGCCAUGUACCGAUUCAGGCUGACGAAUGUGGACCGGCGGCUGGGCAGGAGAGUGGAGAAGGCAGCAGCGGGGAAGAGGAUGUAUCUCACGAUUGCGGUCAACGAACUAUGUCUUCGAAGGCAGCGAGCUGCUGCGCAAGGACGAGUGGGGCAACCUUCUGAGGCCGCGGGCGGUGUUGAAGCCCAUCCCUGUCCGGAUGGACGUGUGGGUGGACUCGGCCGCCUUCCACCCCUCGCUGGUCGAUGUGCACCUCGACACAUCGACGGACAGCACUAAGGAGGAGCAAGCAAAACUCGCCACAUAUGCGGUCGAGAUGUCAUUUUCAGGGCCGCUUGGGGGCGGCAGACAGCCGCAGAUGCGGUCGACAAGGUUUGUGUUGGCGCAGCUGCUGACGAAGACCACUGCUGGGUCGCGGCCGGCUCAGUGGGCGAAGAAAUGCAAUUGGGGCGACGUUGUGGACAUCUCCCUCGAACAGCUUCAGGAAGAAGGAGGCGAGAAGCAGCUGCAGCUGUCAAUGGCGCUGCUAUCAAAGAUCGACAACCAGGUGUGGCGUACACACACAAAUAGCGUCUCUGAUACACCAUAUGCGGCCUCUUUGCCUGUCGGUGUCUCUUUCCUGACAGCCCGACACUAUCCGUCUCGGCGCAACCCCUACGCCAAUCGACCCCCUGCCCUUCAUGCUGCCCUUCCCCCCUCCGCCGCCCCACUUACCGCCCUACACCCUCCCCACAGGAGACAGCCUCGAGGACCGCACCGACUGGCAGCUCCACCCCUUCAGACUCACUCCAUCCAUCCUGCCACUCAGGGGCCAGCAGGCGAUCGAUGUCUGGGUGGGGUUCAAAGUCAGGUGGGUGUGGGAGGUGGUCGACUAUCCGAGAGAGCCCUUUGCCGCCUUCCCUCUGCCGCCGUUCCCGAAGGUGCGGCCCCUCUCUCAUCGUAGUCAGCAGCUGAGGCGUGGGCAGGACAUCCAGACGGAGGCAACCUACCCGCCACAGUAUGCUGAGACACGGCUAGAACCCCCAUGUGUGGAGAUUGUUCUCGACGGCAUGAUCGUGAGCAACCUCCCUGACCUGCCCAUGGAGUAUGCCAUUGAAGUCGCCCUGUCGCUGAAGACUACCCGCCCCCCGCCGCCAUCUGGGCCGCCGCCCAAAAGAACAGAGACCCGUGAAGAACUGUCCAGGCGGGAAAGUGGUGUCGCCGUGCCUCCGAUGGCGACACCUUUGCCGGCGACACAGGCCGCUUUCCCGCCGACUGUAAGCCUUCCUGUCCCUGCCAGCGUGAGCAUCCCUACCCCUCAGGCGCCCUUGCCGCCUCCACCCCCAUCACCACCCCCACACGACGAGAUGGAGUCCGAAAGCUCUGCAUCGUCAGAAGAGCGAACGCCGAUAGUCACCGAGACAACAGGCAUUCUCUCAUCCUUCCUGGGUCCGACAACAAGUACCCAGCCGGUGCCGCAGACAAUGCCGCCACCGCAACAGUCAACGCGGGCCCUUUCACAAGUGGCGAAGAAGCGGCCCCCACCGCCGCCACCGAGUAUGCCGUUCCCAGAGCCGCCUUCCCCCGAAGGCAGCGAGUCGACGAGCGGAUCAGAGGAGGAUCAGCUGCUGCCAAACUUCAACCUGCCGCUCUUCGCGCCUCCCACAGCCACACACGCAGCUCCUCCGCCCGAUGCAGUGGCGACCAGUCGGCCGAAAGGGAGUCCCUCUGUGUGGAUGAGCCGGGCGAUCAAGAGCACGGGCGGUGAGGGGGAGCGGUGGAUAGAGUGGAGGGAGGUGGGGGAGGUCCUGUUGGAUGCUGGGGUGGACAAAACAGUAGGGCAGAUGACGAUGGCCGUGACGCUCUGCGCGAGGCCGCUCAGGAUUCCGUCGCAGGUGGGGACACUUCAUGAGACACACUGAUCCACCACCAUCAAUCACCACGUGUGUGCUCUGGCCAGGGCGAGUGGCGUCCAUUUGCAACAGCCCACAUGCCCCUUUCCAGCGUCCUCACCUUCACACCAACGCACCCCUUGCCUGCGCCCCCUGAACUCAAUUUCCACUCCCUCCUUCUCCAGAGUGCUCUCUCGACACGCGACGUCACCGGCAGCCUGCGAAUCGCCUGCCGCGUGCGCCACCACAUGCAGGCGGCAUUCUCCUUCCCACCUGCAUCGCCACCCAGGAGGCCCAUCACGCCUCGACUUCGCUUCGAGCCUCCACUGGUAGACAGGGCGAUUGGUGUGGACAAGGGGGUCGAGGCGCAGAUCGAGGCGCCGAGGACUGCUGAGAUUGCUGUCCCUCGAGUGCCGGCAAGACCAUCCGUGCCUGUCACUGCCGUCGCGAAGAAACCCGACUCGGUGAUUGCGGCACCACCCAAGAAGCCAGGAGCCCGGCCACCACCACCACCGCCUCCUCUCCCUCCUGUCGUGCCAAAGCGUCCCUCUGUGAGGCCACCGUCUGAGUCGGCGAGCGAGGAGUCUGUGGAGCCUUCACGGCCGUCGAUCAUCAACCUCACCGCUGCAGCAGAUCGCGACAGGAGGGCAGACUCGUGGAUGGGCGACUUCCUUGGCCCGUCUGUCAGGCAGUCUGCUGGCAUCUUUGAGUCGAUCGGUGCAUCCAUUGGCGGCGCAGAGACAGGGCCGGUGGAGGCGAGAAAGGCAGCGGGGGAAGGGCCAAGGCCAUCACCAACUCCACCUGCACCACUACGACCACCACCACCACCACCACCACCAAUGGAAGAGCGAAAGAGCAGGUUGACGGUCGUGCUGAAGGAUUCCAGCUACACGGACCUUGAUAUGGUGAUCUUGGAGAGGGGAGUGCUCGAUCUGAGGGGGAAGGCUCUCGGGCCAAAGGGAUUUGCAGACAUGGCGCGCGAGGCUCACCAAUGGGCCAAGAAGCUGCACACCAUUAAACUCGCCGGUGAGGCAAACUGCAUGCAGCAUAUUGGCUCUCCACUCUUGCACCUCGCUACGGCCGCCUGAUCUCUGCGUGCGUCCUGCAGGCACGUGUCUCGAGGACGAAGGCGCCAUGGCACUGGCGAGAUUCCUGGGCAGUGGCACGACAGCAAAGACCCCAAGGCUGAGCUACCUGGACGUCACUGGUACACGCACAUGGUCCCCGAGGCAUGUGUAUAUGCAUGGGCUGUGUCCUGUCUUAUCUUGCAUCUUUUGCCAGACACGGAGAUGACGGAGCGUGGUGUGGUUGAGUUGGUGAGCUGCCUCUACACGCUCAACAUACCCAUCAAACAGUUCUCCAUCGGAAGUGAGACGUGGGAGAGAGACACAGACAGACAGACAAGCACAUGGUCGGAGUGACAUCUGUGUGUGUGGCAUUCCUGCGUGCCUCAGAGAAUCCCCUUGGAGUGACCGGCACGGCCGCUGUCUCUGCCCUCCUCUCGGCUUCGAACACCCUGCUCAACAUCAACCUGGCUGGUGAUCGCCUCUCUGUGUGAUUAUGUGAUUACGUGAUUGCGUGCAGGCUGUGGCAUCGAAGACGGCGGGGCCCGUGCGCUGGCUGGUGCCCUGAUGCCCUCUGGCAGGGCUGGCCAGAGACCAUCGCCGCUGAUGAAAAUCCGGCUCAAAGGUACCAAGCAAUUUGCAGAACGCAAUGGCGUUUUUCAGUCCUUUGCAACGAUGCAUGUGUUGUUUUGCGCCUCACAGAUAACCGCAUUGGCGACAACGGAGCUGUCCUUCUGUUCCAGAGCUUUGCAAAUGUGCCAAACCUCCGAGAAAUCAAUUUUGGAGGUGAUCUUGUGUCUUCGCACGAUGAAGCACUGUUCCCAUCGAUGUAUUGCGGCAUCCAGGCAACCCGUGGGGCGACAGGGGUGCAUCAGCCUUGCUGGCACUGCUCGACACACCGGACAUGAGAAUAAAGGACGUGGACAUAACAAGUAUGCCCGCGAAAAAGCCUUGUGACGGCAUGAUGGUGUCUCUUCUUUCUUGCAGGUAUUCGUGUGUCUGGGAGUGUGCGCGACGCCUUGCGACAGAGUGCCGGGGAGCACAAUGUGGCUGUUGUUAUGUGAGUCCCAGUGAGGGCGUGGUUGUAUCAGGGAAAUUGAUUCAAUCAAUGAGGAGGAUGAAAUCGGCAGAUCAGUGGAUGUGACUUUGCUUCUGCACUGAGUCGAUGGACAACUUAGGACUCCGACUUAGGAGACGAAAUUUGGAUAUGUUUUGUUGGGGUGCGGCACACUGCAUGCAGACAUUAGGAAUGAAAGCCACUCAUCCGUUGUCCUUUAGGAACUCGUGUC